AUGAGAGAUUAUUUGGAUUAUAGCGGAGAAGUAACGAAAAGUACAGCUCACUUUGAUGUCGGUGGUCAGUCAACUGUCAGCGAACACCGGACAGGCGGCGAAUGUAGUGAAGGUGCUCCGGAUUCUGUGACUGACGUCGGGGAUCAUUUCGACUUUGACGUCCUUUUCACUGUAAGAAAAACGACAGCGACAGAGCCCUCUGUCAGUCAUUGUAUAGAAAAUUCAGUGCGGCGGAAAGGAAGGCGAAAACGCAAUUCAAAACCGUUCGGCGAGAUUCACAGGAAGAUUGGAAUGUCCAGGAAGAAAGUCAAUAUCAACCUGACUCCUGUUGCUCAGCCACGAAGGUUCGAGGAAGGUUUGCCAGUAUACAAAUCUUUUGGAAACUUUAGUGAUCUCUCAUGUGGCCAAAUCCCCUCAGAGGAACAAUCUAGAGCUCCAGGUAAGUGUCCGUUUGAUUGUUGGUGUUGCUUCUGAGCUUGCAUCUAUAGUUUUAAUGGAAUAAUCUGCGCACUUCCCCUGUCUGUUCUACUGGCGCAUAAUUCUGAGACUCGCGAAGGGGGGUUUCCCGAGUUUUACCUUGUUCAAUCGUGCAGUCUGCUCGUGAGAGCAUAAAUUGUUCUGAUGAGCUAAGGUGAAUAAGAAGUCAGUAGUCAGUAUUACCAGUAUCUACUUCGUCUUUUCAUUCUCAGCCAACACAACAUACAAUGUCGAAGGGAUAAUAACUGCUGCCCCAACGAGAGUGGCCAUAGUAGGAAUUUCGCCAAAAAUCCAUGCACCAACCGCCGCUGACCACAUGAGUUCGGUGUAUCGGAAUGGCGCAAGAGCAGAAGCAUCUAGGAGGCUGAACGACUUCAAAAGACAAAACAAAAGCAGAUUAGCCCCUGCACCAAGGAUGGCGAGUAGGCAGAGCUGAAAACCUGUCGGUGCAACCCAGGACAAGAGCGCAGGAAUAGUAGCAAUGAGAGAAGUAAAUAGGGCAGUAUAAAAUAUCAUCGACCAAAAAGACUCCUUCCCGAC